AUGCUCUCCUUCAGUUUAAGCAAGGCCUUGUGGAUGAGUCCAAUGUUCUUGCUCCUUCGGGAGACAAAAGAUUGUUGCCAGUGGACCGGAAUCACAUGCAACAACCAAACAGGCAACGUCGUCGCGCUAAAUCUCUACUUCGAAGUGGAUGAUCCUUUCGAUUUGUAUGCUCUUUUGAGAGGUGAGAUUGGUUCUUCCCUACUUGAAUUGGAAUAUCUUGAUUACUUGGACCUUAGUAACAAUGAUUUUAGAGGAAGGGUGACCCCUAACUUCACUGGUUCUUUGAGUAAGUUGAAGGCAACUCAAACUUGCAAAUGCUAA